AUGGAGAAGUCGUCGUCCGAGAAUGCCAUCCCGCCGGCGGCGGCGCCGCUGAAGCUGUUCGGGUCGUGGGCGAGCUCGUACACGCACCGCGUGCAGCUGGCGCUGCGCCUCAAGGGCCUGGAGUUCGACUACGUGGAGGAGGACCUGGGGAACAAGAGCGCCGAGCUGCUGCGCCACAAUCCCGUGCACAAGAAGGUGCCCGUGCUCGUCCACGGCGGCCGCGCGCUCCCGGAGUCCGACAUUAUCCUCCAGUACCUCGACGACGCCUGGCCGGAGACCCGCCCGCUCCUCCCCGCCGACGCCUUCGACCGCGCGCUCGCGCGGUUCUGGUGCCACUUCGCCGACGACAAGCUCGGGCCGGCGGUGGGCGCGGUGUUCGCGUCGACGGGGGAGGACCAGGGGGCGGCGGUGCGGCAGGUGCACGACAACCUGGCCCUGCUCGAGGCCGAGCUCCGCGACGGCGCGUUCAGGGGCCGCCGCUUCUUCGGCGGCGACGAGGUGGGCUUCCUGGACGUCGUCCUGGGCUGCGGCUCCUACUGGCUCGCCGUGUUCGAGGACGUCACCGGGGUGCGCCUCGUGGACGCCGACGCCUUCCCGCGCUUCCACGCCUGGCUGCGCGACUUCGAGGCCCUGGACGAGGUCCGCGAGACCAUCCCCGCCGUCGACCGCCUCCUCGAGUACGCGCGCGGCCUCCGCCACAUGCUGCUCGGCCUCGCCGGCGCCGCGGCCGCACCCUCCGCCGAAGCCGGCCCGACUGCCGCCGCCGCGCCGGCGGCGGCCGCGGCCGCGGCUGACAUCGCCGUCGACAUUUGA